UGAGCAGACGAAGCUGCUUGUUGCUGGAUGAAGGACAGUGAUGGACAUGUGGCAUGGGCUGGUUUGUGUGGCGGUUUUAUUUGCUGCUGAAAUCGGAGCCAUAAGGGUCAUUGGUCAGGAUGUGACUGUGGCAGCAGGAGAUGAUGCACUUUUAUUCUGUCAACUGGUUGAGACAGCAGAGCCUCUAACAAGUGUUAUAUGGCAAAGGCAAACAAAGGAAAAGGCAACAAAUACAGACUUCUUUGCUAUCACUUCAAAUGGCAAAGAGGGACAUAUAAAUGGAUUGAGGGACAGAGUAAAAUUCACAGGUAACAUCUCGCGACUCAGCGGCUCAAUUCUUCUAAGUAAAGUUACUGCUUUAGAUGAAGGAAUCUACACCUGCAUCUUCAGCGUAUUUCCAAGUGGACCGUAUAAAACAGAAAUUCGUCUCACAGUACUAGUUCCUCCUGUUGUCAGUGUAAGCACGAAUGUGCCUUGUGUUGCUGGUGACGCUGAGGCGAUUUUAGCAACCUGCACUGCAGCCAAUGCAAAGCCUGCAGCAGAAGUGUUGUGGAGUCUGGGUGCUUUAAGUGACUCUGUCAAAGUACAAAGUAAUGUCACUGUGGACUCUGAAGGAAGGUUCACUGUUAAAAGCAGCCUGAUUGGUGUAGCAUCCAAAGAUCUAAACCAGAAGAAGGUUCAGUGUUUGGUCACACACCCUGGCCUAAAGGGGAAACUGGAACUGAAUUACACAUUGAUCAUUCACUAUCCUCCUGAGGUGGUUUACAUUAAUUCAGCAGGUGAUCAAGGGAAAGCACUUGAAUUUCAGUGUGAAACAGAUGCUAAUCCAAAACCAACAAACUUCAUCUGGAGCAGACACUUUCCAGGGAAGGAGCUUCUUUCCAGCAGUGUUAAUAGCUGUCAGCUGACCCCUGACAGUAACGGCCUUUACUAUUGUGUGGUGUCUAACCAAUACGGGAAAGCUGUAGGUUCCCUCUACGUGCAUGUUGCAUCGACAGAAUCCACAGCUUGCUGGACUCUGUUCAUCAUAGCCCUCCUUGCUGGUGUUUGUGGUUUUCUCAUUUGGAAAUUUAAUUUGCAUCAACACAUUACAAAAAGACUGUGUCAUGAUCCUGUGCCCACUGUAUCUUCAUGA